AUAUGUACAUUGCUAAAUUGGUAAAGAACUGUCAACCAACGACAAAGAAAUUGUUUACUUGAUGCGUCAAGAGACAUGAGUCCUCGCCUUCCCAAAUCCUAUAUUUCAACCAACAAAAGCUUUUUCUUUCUAAAUUCUAUAUUCCGCCUCAUUUCUCCUUUCUCUCCGGAGAGAUAAUUUCGAAACUUUUUUAAUUCUUGUGUUCAAUCUUUGUUUGGUCGGCAUCUAAUCUCCGAUAAAGAUCAUAUACUUAGUUUUUCAGAGAUCAGGAUGGCGAGGAGUAGAUCUUCUUCAUCGUCGAGCAAAUGGAGGUAUUGUAAUCCUUCGUAUUACCUGAAGAGACCGAAACGCUUGGCUUUGCUUUUCAUCGCCUUUGUUUGUGCCACUUUGCUCGUGUGGGAUCGCCAAACUCUCGUCAGAGAACACGAGGUGGAGAUUUCCAAGUUGAAUGAAGAAGUGAAUCAAUUAAAAACAACGCUAGAAGAAUUAAAGAAUAUUCAUGGAGAUUCAAUUAAAUUGAUUACCAGUAAAUCUAGCAAGCCUUCCCAAAAGGCUAUUCCUGAUGAUCCUAUUGUCAUUCAGCGAAGGGAGAAAGUAAAAGAAGCUAUGAUUCAUGCAUGGAGUUCAUAUGAAAAGUAUGCAUGGGGCCAUGACGAACUUCAACCACAGACGAAGAAUGGUGUUGAUAGCUUUGGUGGUCUUGGGGCAACUCUAAUUGACUCUCUUGACACAUUAUUUAUAAUGGGUUUGGAUGAGCAGUUUCGAAGAGCUAGAGAGUGGGUUGCAAACUCAUUGGAUUUUAACAAGGAUUAUGAUGCCAGCGUCUUUGAGACAACCAUAAGAGUUGUAGGUGGACUGCUUAGUGCUUACGAUCUUUCAGGAGACACAGUUUUCCUGGAAAAGGCCAAAGAUAUUGCAGAUAGAUUGUUGCCUGCAUGGAAUACGAAUACUGGGAUCCCUUACAACAUCAUUAACUUGGCACAUGGAAAUGCACAUAACCCUGGAUGGACUGGUGGUGACAGUAUUCUUGCAGAUUCUGGCACAGAGCAGCUUGAAUUUAUUGCUCUUUCUCAAAGGAGUGGAGAUCCAAAAUAUCAGCUGAAGGCAGAGAAGGUUAUAAUGGAGCUUAAUAAGACCUUUCCUGAUGAUGGUUUGCUUCCAAUCUAUAUUAAUCCUGAUAGGGGAACUGGAUACUCGACCAUAACUUUUGGUGCAAUGGGUGACAGCUUCUAUGAAUAUUUGCUCAAAGUUUGGAUUCAAGGGAACAAAACUUCAGCCGUCAGACAUUAUAGAGAAAUGUGGGAGAAAUCAAUGAAAGGCUUACUAAGCUUGGUUAGGAAAACAACGCCAUCAUCUUUCACAUACAUUUGUGAGAAGAGUGGAGAUGCACUUGCGGACAAGAUGGAUGAAUUGGCAUGCUUUGCUCCAGGAAUGAUAGCUUUAGGAUCAUCUGGUUAUGAUCCUGCUGACUCUAAAAAAUUUCUUUCGCUUGCAGAGGAGCUUGCGUGGACUUGUUACAACUUUUACCAAUCAACACCAACAAAAUUGGCUGGAGAAAACUAUUUUUUCCAUCCUGGCCAGGACAUGAGUGUGGGUACAUCAUGGAAUAUACUGAGACCUGAAACAAUUGAGUCGCUCUUUUACCUGUGGCGUUUAACUGGCAACAAGACAUACCAAGAGUGGGGUUGGAAUAUAUUCCAAGCAUUUGAAAAGAACUCACGCAUCGAGACUGGAUAUGUCGGGCUAAAGGAUGUCAAUACCGGUGUCAAAGACGAUAUGAUGCAAAGCUUUUUCCUUGCAGAGACGCUGAAAUAUCUGUAUCUUCUCUUCUCACCAUCUUCAGUCAUCUCAUUGGACGAGUGGGUUUUUAACACAGAAGCCCAUCCUCUCAGAAUUGUGACCCGUCAAGACGGAGACACUUCUGGGAAUUCGGAGAAUAAACAAACUAUUAGGACACACAGCAGGAAAGAAGGUCAGUUUACUGAGCAUUAGGAUUCAUUUGCUAAUUAAUUUUGCGUCUUCGAUAAUUAGAUGAGAUUAUAGUGAAUUGUAAGCUAAAUCAAUAUAAAAAAAUAGGUUGAAGGCCUCAUGGAAUGUUAUUUCCGUUAGGAAAUAAUGUGGUUGAACAAAAUUUUCCAUUCCAGGCUUGUAGAAAUUGUUCUAUCCUUGCUGAGAAAGGAAUGGCAAUGCAGAUAUUUGUAACAUAGAAUUUACUUUAAUUGCCUACGCUUAUUAUCGUCUUA